GCGGUCGCCGUCAUGGAGCGGAGUUGGCGCUUGUCAUCCGGCCGCCAUUAUCUUGUAUUUGAACCGAUCGGUAAAAUCAAUUAAAAUUCGCGCUGUCGUUACGUGUCUUUAGUGUUGGAUGUCGUAUAAAUUGGAAGGAAUUAUCCGUGUGAUUGUUGUUUCUUUAAAGAGUGUGUUGCUGGUACAUUCGUAUAGUGUUGAGUGGUAACAGUUAGGUUACUGUGUUGGGUGUUAACAUUGUGUAGGGUGGCUCCGGUCGGUCCGGAGCGGCAGGACGCGUGUGGAGCGCAUGCAGAGGGAGCGGUGAGAGCGCGCCCGGCUGGGGAGUCGGGGCGGCCGGCGGUCAAGGAACAGGGACAAUUGCCGACAUGGGGUGCGCCCAGUCGGCAGAGGAACGCGCGGCUAUUGCCCGCAGCCGUCAGAUCGAGAGGAACCUGAAAGAGGAUGGCAUCCAGGCUUCCAAAGACAUAAAGCUGUUACUACUAGGUGCUGGUGAAUCGGGCAAAAGUACUAUAGUCAAACAAAUGAAAAUUAUCCACGAAAGUGGCUUCACGAAUGAAGACUUUAAACAGUACCGGCCGGUGGUGUACAGCAACACGAUUCAGUCACUCGUCGCCAUCUUGCGCGCCAUGCCAAACCUUGGCAUCACCUAUGGCAAUAAGGACCGAGAGAUCGACAGCAAGAUGGUGUUCGAUGUGAUACAAAGGAUGGAAGACACGGAGCCCUUUAGCGAGGAACUGCUGGCGGCAAUGAAGAGACUCUGGGCCGACUCCGGUGUUCAGGAAUGUUUUGGACGUUCCAACGAGUACCAGCUCAACGACUCUGCCAAAUACUUCCUGGAUGACCUGGACCGGUUAGGUGCUAGGGACUACCAACCCACCGAGCAAGAUAUUUUAAGAACUAGAGUCAAAACCACUGGCAUCGUUGAAGUGCACUUCUCCUUCAAAAACCUUAACUUCAAAUUGUUUGAUGUGGGCGGUCAGAGGUCGGAGAGAAAAAAAUGGAUCCACUGUUUCGAAGAUGUGACAGCGAUUAUCUUCUGCGUCGCCAUGUCCGAGUAUGACCAAGUGUUGCACGAGGAUGAAACAACGAACCGCAUGCAGGAGAGUCUAAAACUGUUCGACUCCAUCUGCAAUAAUAAGUGGUUUACGGACACCAGCAUCAUCUUGUUCUUGAACAAGAAGGACUUGUUCGAGGAGAAGAUACGCAAGUCGCCGCUCACUAUCUGUUUUCCAGAGUACACGGGCGCGCAAGAAUACGGCGAGGCGGCUGCGUACAUCCAGGCGCAGUUCGAAGCAAAGAAUAAAUCUACCACCAAGGAAAUCUACUGCCACAUGACCUGCGCCACCGACACAAACAACAUUCAAUUCGUGUUCGACGCCGUCACCGACGUCAUCAUAGCUAACAACUUGCGCGGCUGCGGCCUCUACUAGAGCGACGGCCCCCGUCGGCAGCCGGCGGUGCGACCACAGGACGUGACGUCACGUCACGCGGCGUACACGUCGCGCACGUUCGUUCCACGCUCCCGGUUGGAACUCGGCGUUUUACGAAGCAUGACCCCGGACGCGCGGCAGGUUUUGUGGUCGCACUGCAUUUCGUUGUUGUCGUAGUGCGGGGACGCC